CAGAGGAUUCGAAAUAAGGUAUUGACGGUUCUCAGCUGCAUUUGGGCAAGGGGCAAGGUUGCAAAGGCUUGUAAUGCAGAAGGGCAUGAAUAGCAGUAUACACGAGGGUGGGUGUAUACAUGCUGGACUGCCGAGGGAUCUGCUGUUUGGCAGGCAAUGGCGUGACCUGGCUUUGAGAAAGCAAACCACAACGCCGGGGGCUCGACUUGCGUGAUAUUGAUAAUCGAUAGGGAUGGCAUGGACCACCCAUUAGGACAGCAAGUACGGAGGCAGCGGCCAAGCAGAGGGUUUCAUGUGAAGAGGAAAGUGGUGUGGGUAGUUUCAGCCCUCUUCAAGAGUGCAUGACCACAGGAAGAUAUGUGCUGCGCAUAAGAUAUUUUCGGCAAGAGAGACGCAAAGACUGAGCGGUGGAGGGAGCAAGUAUUGGCCGCGAGAGGAGGUACUGCAUGUGAGGAUGCGAUUCAGGUCAAGGGGGCAUCUCUCCGUCUCGGUGUGGACGGAGUCGAAUGACCUUCAGGGAAGGGCAUUCAGCAGAGGUGCAAGUGCUUGAAGUUUGGAUUGAUUGCCAGAUGUUGGCUGGGCACAAAGAUUUUGUUCCUGGGCGACAAGGACUCUCGACAGGGAAGUAGUGUCUCCGGGCCAAAGAUGGAUCAGCUGUUGGACAUGGGGAGGGAGUCCAGAGAGAAAGGAUCUUGAAGACUUGGGAGUUUCCCAACGUCAGGAGGAGUGGUCCUCGUGUGUUGGCUGCCAGUUGCCUUAUCAGUAGUGCCAGUUGUGGCCAGUCGUUGAUGUUCGGCAAUUAUUAUCAUGUGACAUUCUCGCAUCCGAGAGAGCUCCAAGUCUUCUGCACUUGGCCAGGUGGUCUAUCGAGAGAACUCCUAUGGGCAGGCGAACCGAAUUUGAAGUGGAUUUGCCAUUUUGACCAACAUGCCGGGGUUAAGAGGAGGGGGAUGCCGAUUCUAGUCCUGCUGGAGUUUUCUUUGUGAUGAAGUUUGCACCAACAUCUGGGCAUGUUGAUGACUGAGCGGGGGGAGGAGGGUUGUGGUCGUGAACCCUACAGGGAGUCAAGGUUGUUGCGAAGUGGACUGACUUUGCCAGAACUAUGGACAGCGGAAAGCUGAUGAUAAUGGGAUGUGUUCUGAUGAGGUAGCAGUGUAAUGCGCGUCAGCUGAACAGUGGGGCCUCCAUGCCACUGACGCCUGUUCCUUGGAGGCUACUUCGAGGGGAGUGAAGUCCAUCAGACCAUGCAACGAGUAUAGGGUGGAAAGUAGGUGUCAGUAUUGGCAUCCUGGGGUUCUGUUGAUCCCUGGAAGUCACAGUAGUGAGCGGAGAGGUGACUGAAGAGAAGUGGUGGCAGCAGCUAGCAUCCUGUCUCUGGAGAGCGGUAGAAGAGGUCAGGGUGGUGAGAGGGGAAUUGUUUCGUUCUGAGCAGACCCUCGGAAAACGAACGAAUCCCGUAGUAGAAGAUUGGGCGCGGAUUUCGAGUUCAGAUAGUGUUAUUGUAUGGAGAAUGGAAGGGAGGUUGUUUUGUUGCUUUGGCACAACAAUAUCUUUAGGAUGACCAGGCACCUCAGAUGGUAAUGAAGAAGGACGGAACAUUGGAGCAAGAAUAUUAUGAGAAAGGUCGCACCGAAUCUUUAAAGGGAGCGAAAGGUCAAGGUCUUUAUUUACAUAGAAGUGAUCGGAGUGUGAGGUGAACAAUCAAGUCUGGCUUUGGAUUGGCAUGGCACAUGUCCUGAGCAGAGUGUGGUUUCUCUCAGGCAUUAUUUCUGGCAAGGUGUACUUUGCCUGAAUUGGAAUGUCAUUUUCAGAAGAGGGAGUGAUUGGCAAGCAGCGCUGUUUCGCGUUGUCGAAUUUGACCCCGUUUGGAUUUGGCUUGGGGAUCGUCAUGGACACAACGAGGAAGGAAAAGAGGGGCAUUGUGAUUGGUGGUCGAGGGCUAGGAUGGGCUUCGAGGGAAAAGAACGACGGGUUGCGCAGACUAAUCCCUGGUCUCAAUUGCUGUGAUCUGCCGUCAACGAAGGACUGCGGGCAUGGCAGGUGUCGAGUGCAUUCUCUCCGUGGCUUUGAAAAACGUGCGGAAGUGUGUGCAGGGGCACAGGUGCUUCUGACGAAGGGACACUGUUUAGUUUCCUGUUUGCCUUCGGAGAUCUGCGUUAAUGAAAUAUCCCGGGCAAAGCUCCGUUCGGCGAAGGCUCAUUUUUAUGGAAACGCCGGGACGAAUUUCUAACUGACUGCCCUCUAUUUCAGUGCCCCAUGGCCUCUCUCUCUUCGUCAGCUGAAUUGUUAGGGAGGUUGCUGCCAAUUGGUUUUGUAUGCAUGGAGGUAGAUGUUGUGCCGGGCGUACUCGGAAAUCGAUCAAGUACUUGGCGAAGUUGGCGGUUGCAUGAGCUGCAUCCAGCUUAUGGAGGAGUCGAUCUGAUUAGAUGCUGCCGCAAUAGGUAAGUACAUGCUUACGGCCGUUAUGAACCUCGGUUUCCUCUCUGUCAUAAUACUGCGUUAGUCCUCUGCACAUGGAAAUUUUGGUGCCUUAGCAAUUGCCUCAGGAAGAAGGGGAAUACACAUGCCAUGCCUGGGCAUGUCUGGGUCCUCGAAGGCUGAAGGAACGACCUUCUGACGUUGUGAUUAUGCGCUUCGAAAGGACCGGCUGUUGGGAACCAGUUGCUAUGGUAGUGCUUCUGUGUGACGACAGGCCCGGCGGGUCCACCUCACUCGUGAGGACGGAGGAGCAGAGCAGCAGAGGAAAGAAUAAAGGUGCAUGCCAUUGAUGUGGAUGUUGCACAUGUGGCUGCCUGCCCUGUCUGUGAAAGGUGUGAAAGGAUGUGCGGGGGUUGUUCAGCCCCUUUUGUUACAUUUGUGACCGUUGCGGUGAUGAAAUGCACAUGAUGCCGUUGAUGAUGACCUUGGCUGCACUGUGGUGUAUUUUCAUAAGUGAGAUGGUUUAUUCGGUCCGAAUUUCGGUUAUGUGGGUUUCGAGAAGAAAUGGCUGGAUUGCUGCUAGAUGCAUGCCCCACCCCGACUUGCAUGGAAAUAUUGGAAUCGUAUUUUUGAGAGUUUUUCUUUGUAUUUGGAUUGUGUGAUGGAUUUGUCUAGGAGGAUUUUUUAAAUAUAACUAACAGCAUCUAAUCAAGCAAAGUAGAGCAU